CCUAGUCUGUUUUCUGAUUGCCGAUUGGUUUUCUGUCCCAGUGCCACAGACAAAUUUUUGAAAACAAAAACAAACGUGAUAAUUCAUCAAGUUAAUUAUUAUUUUGGGCUAAAAUCCUGUUUUUGAAAAAAUCUUUUGACUAACCCAAUUAACAUCAAUUUCCAGAAUUUAAUCUGCAGAAAUGGAUAGCAAAGCACAGCAGCGACUCAUUCAGGAACAUCUUCGAGAGGUGAAAGGCUCAAUCAACCUCUUAUUCCCUAUGAUCAUUUGCUGCAAAGAUGAGUUGAAUAAACUGGCUCUGCAGGAGAUGGCCAUUAGGUCAGCAGUCCGAGAUAAGAUGCAGAGUGAGAAUUUAAAAAUUGAGCUACCCGAGGAACAAGAGAACCCUCAAGACCAAGUGGCAGAAAAUAAUUUGCCAGACCUUGAUAUGAUUUUGGGAACAAUGAAUGUGCAACCAUCCACUUCAAAUCAGAGGGAGAGUGAUGAUAGUAGAGUAAAAUACGGAGAAUAUUUGACUUUGGAUCCAGAUGUAGCAAUAGUAGAGUGUUCAAGUGGUGAAGAGGAGGAUGACGACAAUGAAAGUGAUGAUGAAGCUUAUGAAGGUCAAAAUGACCUUUCAGAGGGAGAAUGUGAGAACAUUCUGUUAGAACAGUAAUUGACAAUAUAUUUACCAAAUUAUGCAAAUGUUUAUCGUAAUAAUACAAAUUAUUCAAUUUAAAAUUAAUAAAAAGGAUAAUGAAGAAUUAAUUGAUCAAUUGUACCAUAAUGUAAUAAAAAUUAAGUUGUAUACUGACUGAAUUAAAAUAAAACCAUUGCCUUACAAAAAUUUUUAUAUUGUCGUGAUAG